CACCAGUGUCUAUGUUCACCCAUCAGUAUAAAAUGGGUACCUGGGUGUUAGUGGACUGGUGUGGUGCUCAGCAUAAGCUGCUUUCCAUAUAAUAUGUCACUGAUGUCAACUAGGCAUAUAUACCUUGUACAUGUACUUGUAGAAAUAAAAUCACUACGAUAGACAUAAGAUCUUUAGCAGAAAAUGGUUGUAAAUGGUAUAUUGAUACCGACAAAUUGUGGGAAAGGACAUUUGAAUAUAGUUCAGAACAUUUAUUAAAGGAAACGUUUCGCAACGAGUGGCUUCUUCAGUCCUAACACAAAGUAAGCUAAAAGAGGUUAAUAUAUAGCAUACAGUGCAGGUAACCUGCAGCAACAGUGAGGUUUGGCAGACAGUGUAACAUACCUACGAUGGAAAGCAAGGGAGCGAUGAACACAGUAGUUUCAAACUUUGGAACAAUGCUCUUCUCCAGACUGAGGGACUGACCACCUCAAAACUUUAAGGGUGAUGGACUGAUUACAUCGUCUUCAAGUCUCUUCUGCUUCUAUCAACUUUUCUGUACUCGACUGAAGAAGCCUACCGUGUAGGCGAAACGUUUCGAAAUAAAGAUACCUAACUGUUGCAUAUGUGUCUUACCUAACAAUAACAACCUGAUUGAUCAGGUUGAUACUGCUGACCGCGGCCAGGUCCAUGACCGCGAGGACUGGUCAUGGAUCUGACCGCGGGGGCGCUGACCCCUCGGAAUACCCUCCAGGUAUAGGUGGGAUUGACCUGGCUGUUUAGGUAUAUAGGUAUACGACCGCACUAGGCUUGUUAAAAUUUGUUAGUUGGUGAUGGUGUGUUUGUUAGUGUUUAUGUGAAUGAUCAAUAAGACACUAUAGCUGUAUAAUAUGCUUUGCAAUAACUACCUGUCGGUCGCUGGGCUUUAUCAAAUAUCUUAACCCCGGAGAGUUAGUAGCCUAACCUAGCAAAGCCAGUGUGGCUUAUUCACUAGGAUCAUUUUUAGACCCUUCCCCAGGAUGCUACCCACAACAAUCCACAUUAUUAUUAUAAUCAAAAAAGAAGCGCUAAGCCACAAGGACUAUACAGCGCUGCACAACAAUCCACAGGGGCAGCAAAGGACCCCAAUGGAAAUAAGUCACUCUGACUUUUUUUGGGUUAUCCCAGGCUCUCUACACAUAUGCUGCUAUGUAUGAUAAUUCUAUGUAACUGUAUUUGUGUAUACCUGAGUAAACUUACUUACUAGAAUUAUUAUUAUUAUUAUUAUAAUCAAAAAGAAGCGCUAAGCCACAAGGGCUAUACAGCUACUUACUAGAAGACUUGCCCAUACGUCUUAUCCCAUUCAAGAUUCGACUUGGGAUCCCCUACAACGUGAACUGAUCACUGUUCCACCGUGUCACACGAAAAUUCAGUUAUCUGUGUUCUCUAUCAGCUUUAUAGAGCUCCCACGUCAGGGAAACAUCAUUAUAAAGUGAUCAAUACAGCUAUUGUGUCUACGUCCAUGGUGUAACAUUGUAGUUCUGGUGUUUAUGUAUUACUGUUGUGGUCGAGACUGGUUCACAUUUUCUUUCCCCAGAUACUUUGUUGAUGGGGUAAACUUGUACGGAUCAUCACAGCUCUGUCACAAGGAACCAAAUUGAAUAGCAUCAUGGGGGAGUAUUACCUGGGAAGGAGCAGCAGACGAACUGCGAGGCUGUGGGUCAUGGCAGUAUGUAUGAUCUUGCUAGUGCUGGGUCUCUGGGAUACCCGUAACCUAUCUCACCAAAGUGCUGAGUUUCUCCAGUUGCCAGAGACUCGCUUGGUAUUUCCAGUAAUAGAGGAGACGCUGACUGCAGGCAACAUGCUAGUGGAAACCUUUUCACUGAAGGCGCCCCUUCAGGUGUUUCUGCAUUCCUCCAACCCACCUCGCGGACCCCUCUACUAUAUGCACAGGUACUCACCGCAAUCGACUCUACAUUUGAAGCAAGAUACAAGCAACUGGACUGAUUGGAGACCUGAACUGAAAAAUAUUGGUGAUUACUUCAGGUACCUGCAAACGCCACAGACUUCCUGUCGAAAGCUGAAGAGGAUGGGCGGAACAUAUGCAUGUAAGAAGGGGCAAGAAGACGGAAAGAAUAUGGAUGGCCAAAAGUACGUGUGUAUGGACCCACCACUGGAGGUUGUCGGAGCCAAGGACGCUCGUAGUUGCCUCGCGUUAUCUUUUGGCAUCCAGCAUGACACUUCCUUCGAUGAGGAUGUAGCUGACCUCUCCUGCGAAGUACACAUGUUCGACGUGUUCGACUUCAAGCCGCCGCUGGCCCUAGAAAACGGAAUCUAUUUCCACGUUGAAGGACUCGCUAGGCUACGUCACCUCAUCUUUUACGACAACCUCAACAAAACAGUUUCUGUGGAUACCCUCAGGGGACACUACCUCAAGCACCAUCUGUUCCCAAGACCCAUACACAUUCUCAAGGUGGACAUCGAGAACGAUGAGUGGGAAUCCUUCAGAGACAUCGUUCAGGACCCGCUCUUUGAUGCUGUCGGUCAGGUGGCGCUGGAGGUGCAUGCUGUGGGGCUGGUGAAGGGGCCCACUAGACACUCUCCACCGUCAGUUCCUCGGGAGAAGUGGCUGCAGGCGCUGCAGGAGAGGUACGACCUGCUCAGGAUGAUAGAGGCUCGAGGGUUCCGCAGGGCGUUGUACUGGGACAACGUCCAGGAAAACUACACCCUCUACGACGAAGAUGGAUCCAGAUACGAGACGGCCGGGGAGGUACUUUACAUCAACACCAACUGGUACAACGUCACCUUCAAGCAAAACUUGGCCAGUGAUGGCUUCAAGUUUCGUGAGGUCACGUGAUGC